ACACUGCUAACGCUCCUGGUGCGAGACCUGGCCGAGAUGCGGAGCCCAGACGCCGAGGCGGCCGUGCGCAAGGACAGGCUGCACCCGAGGCAAGUGAAAUUAUUAGAGACCCUGAGCGAGUAUGAAAUCGCGUCUCCCAUUCGAGUGAACGCUCUCGGAGAACCCUUUCCCACGAACGUGCACUUCAAAAGAAGGCGACGGAGCGUUAACUCUGCCUCUGACCCCUGGCCUGCCUUCUCCUCCUCCUCUUCCUCCUCCACCUCCUCCCGGGCGCAUUACCGCCUCUCCGCCUUCGGCCAGCAAUUUCUAUUUAAUCUCACCGCUCAUGCCGGAUUUAUCGCUCCGCUGUUCACCGUCACCCUCCUCGGGGCGCCCGGGGUGAACCAGACCAAGUUUUAUUCCGAGGAGGAAGCAGAACUCAAGCACUGUUUCUACAAAGGCCAUGUCAAUACCAAGUCCGAGCACACUGCGGUCAUCAGCCUCUGCUCGGGAAUGCUGGGCACAUUCCGGUCACAUGAUGGGGAUUAUUUUAUUGAACCACUGCUGUCCAUUGAUGAACAAGAGGAUGAAGAGGAACAAAACAAACCCCACAUUAUUUAUAGGCGCAGCUCCCCCCAGAGAGAACCCUCAACAGGAAGGCAUGCGUGCGACACCUCAGAGCACAGCAGUGGUCACUCUAAGGACAAGAGGAGAACCAGAACGAUAAAAUGGGCCGGAAGGAGUAACCUGGCGGAGGAUGUGACGGUGCUGGAAGGCAGCUCAGCGGCCAAGGCUUUUUCUGCCUCUGGUAACGAGACAGACGUUGCAAGGGAAAAGAGGACCCACAGAAGGACGAAGCGCUUUUUAUCCUACCCGCGGUUUGUCGAAGUGAUGGUGGUAGCCGACAGCAGAAUGGUUGCCUACCAUGGAGCAAACCUUCAACACUAUAUUUUAACUUUAAUGUCAAUUGUAGCCUCUAUCUAUAAAGAGCCCAGUAUUGGAAAUUUAAUUAAUAUUGUUAUUGUGAACUUAGUUGUGAUUCAUAAUGAACAGGAAGGACCUUCCAUAUCUUUUAAUGCCCAGACAACAUUAAAAAACUUCUGCCAGUGGCAGCAUUCGAAGAACUAUCCCGGUGGAAUCCAGCAUGAUACUGCUGUUCUCAUAACGAGACAGGAUAUCUGCAGAGCGCACGACAAGUGUGAUACGUUAGGUCUUGCUGAACUGGGAACCAUCUGUGAUCCCUAUAGAAGCUGUUCUAUUAGUGAAGAUAGUGGAUUGAGUACAGCUUUUACAAUAGCCCACGAGCUGGGCCACGUGUUUAACAUGCCGCACGAUGAUAACAAUAAGUGCAAGGAGGAGGGAGUGAAGAGUCCCCAGCACGUCAUGGCUCCAACAUUGAACUUCUACACCAACCCCUGGAUGUGGUCGAAAUGUAGUCGGAAAUACAUCACUGAGUUUCUAGACACUGGUUAUGGCGAGUGUUUGCUUAACGAGCCCGAAUCCAGACCCUACCCUUUGCCUCCCCAACUGCCAGGCCUCCUCUACAACGUGAACAAACAAUGCGAAUUGAUUUUCGGCCCAGGGUUUCAGGUGUGCCCGUAUAUGAUGCAGUGUAGACGACUCUGGUGCAAUAAUGUGGAUGGUGCCCACAAAGGCUGCCGGACCCAGCACACACCCUGGGCUGACGGGACGGAGUGUGAGCCCGGAAAGCACUGCAAGUUUGGAUUUUGUGUUCCCAAAGAAAUGGAGGUCCCUGUGACUGACGGAUCCUGGGGAAGCUGGAGUCAGUUUGGAACCUGUUCAAGAACAUGUGGAGGGGGCAUCAAAACGGCCGUUCGAGAGUGCAACAGACCCGAGCCAAAUAAUGGUGGAAAAUACUGUGUAGGGCGCAGAAUGAAAUUCAAGUCCUGCAACACAGAGCCGUGUCUCAAGCAGAAGCGGGACUUUCGAGAUGAACAGUGUGCUCGCUUUGAUGGGAAGCAUUUUAACAUCAACGGGCUGCCUCCCAGCGUGCGCUGGGUCCCCAAGUACAGUGGAAUUUUGAUGAAGGACCGGUGCAAGUUGUUCUGCAGGGUGGCCGGGAACACAGCCUACUAUCAGCUCCAAGACAGAGUGGUGGAUGGAACUCCUUGUGGCCAGGACACAAACGAUAUCUGUGUCCAGGGCCUGUGCCGGCAAGCUGGAUGUGAUCAUGUUUUAAAUUCAAAAGCCCGAAGAGAUAAAUGUGGCGUUUGUGGUGGUGAUAAUUCUUCAUGCAAGACAGUGGCGGGCACAUUCAAUACAGUGCAUUACGGUUACAACACAGUGGUCCGAAUUCCAGCUGGCGCUACCAGCAUCGAUGUGCGGCAGCACAGCUUCUCAGGGAAGGCAGAGGAUGACAACUACUUAGCUUUAUCCAGCAGUAAAGGAGAAUUCUUGCUAAAUGGAGACUUUGUGGUCACAAUGUCCAAAAGGGAAAUCCGCGUUGGGAAUGCUGUGAUAGAAUACAGCGGCUCCGACAACGUGGUGGAAAGGAUUAACUCCACAGAUCGCAUCGAUCAGGAGCUUUUGCUUCAGGUGUUGUCGGUGGGAAAGCUGUAUAACCCUGAUGUGCGCUAUACCUUCAAUAUUCCAAUUGAAGACAAACCUCAGCAGUUCUACUGGAAUAGCCAUGGGCCCUGGCAAGCGUGCAGCAAACCCUGCCAAGGGGAGCGGGAAAGAAAACUUGUUUGCACCAGGGAAUCGGAUCAGCUUACAGUUUCUGACCAAAGAUGUGAUCGCCUGCCCAAGCCAGGACCCAUUACUGAGCCCUGUGGUACAGACUGUGAACUGAGGUGGCACGUUGCCAGCAGGAGUGAAUGCAGUGCCCAGUGUGGCUUGGGCUACCGCACGCUAGACAUCUUCUGUGCCAAGUAUAGCAGGCUAGAUGGGAAGACCGAGAAGGUUGAUGACAGCUUCUGCAGCAGCCAGCCGAGGCCCAGCAACCGGGAGAAAUGCUCGGGAGAGUGUAACGCGGGUGGCUGGAGGUAUUCUGCUUGGACCGAAUGUUCUAAGAGCUGUGAUGGUGGAGUCCAGAGGAGAAGGGCUAUCUGUGUCAACAGUCGAAAUGAUGUACUGGAUGACAGCAAAUGCACUCACCAGGAGAAAGUCGUCGUUCAGAGGUGCAGUGAGUUCCCUUGUCCACGGUGGAAGUCGGGAGACUGGUCAGAGUGCUUGGUCACCUGCGGAAAAGGGAACAAGCACCGCCAGGUCUGGUGUCAGUUUGGCGACGAUCGAUUGAACGAUAGAAGCUGUGACCCCGAGAGCAAGCCCGCCUCCACGCAGACCUGUCAGCAGCCGGAAUGUGCGUCCUGGCAGGCGGGUCCCUGGGGACAGUGCAGUGUCACCUGUGGACAGGGAUACCAGCUCCGAGCAGUGAAAUGUGUCAUUGGAAUUUACAAGUCAGUGGUAGAUGACAAUGACUGCAGUGCAGCAGCUAGACCAACGGACAGUCAGGACUGUGAGUUACCAUCCUGUCACCCUCCCCCAGCUGCCCCAGAAACACGGCGAAACACGCACCGUGUACCAAGAACCCAGUGGCGAUUUGGGUCUUGGACUCCAUGCUCAGCCACUUGUGGGAAAGGGACCCGGAUGAGAUAUGUCAGCUGCCGGGAUGAAGACGGCUCUGUGGCUGAUGAGAGUGCCUGUGUAGCCCUCCCUAGACCCCUGGCAAAGGAGGAGUGCUCUGUGGCCCCCUGCGGGCAGUGGAAGGCCCUGGACUGGAGCUCGUGCUCCGUGACUUGUGGGCAAGGUAGGGCGACCCGGCAGGUGGUAUGUGUCGACUACAGUGACCACGUCAUCGAUCAGAGCGAGUGUGACUCAGACUACAUCCCAGAAACUGAGCAGGACUGUGCCAUGUCACCGUGCCCUCAACAGACCCCAGACCCUGGCCUGGCUCAGCACCCUUUCCACAAUGAGGACUAUCGCCCCAGGAGUGCUAACCCGAGCCGCACCCACGUGCUCCGUGGAAACCAGUGGAGAACCGGUCCCUGGGGAGCAUGCUCCAGUACCUGUGCUGGUGGGUCCCAGCGGCGUGUUGUCGUGUGUCAAGAUGAGAACGGAUACACCGCGGCGGACUGCGUGGAAAGAAUAAAACCCGACGAGCAGAGAGCCUGUGAGUCUGGCCCGUGUCCUCAGUGGGCUCAUGGCAGCUGGGGAGAGUGUUCCAAGCUGUGUGGUGGAGGAAUACGAACAAGACUGGUGGUCUGUCAGCGGCCCAGUGGCGAACAGUUUCCAGAUUUGAGCUGUGAAAUUCUUGACAAACCUCCAGAUCGCGAGCAGUGUAACACACAAGCUUGUCCUCAAGAAGCCGUCUGGAGUACUGGCCCUUGGAGUUCGUGUUCUGUCUCUUGUGGUCGAGGGCAUAAACAACGAAAUGUUUACUGCAUGGCAAAAGAUGGAACCCAUUUAGAAAGUGAUUACUGUAAACACCUUGCUAAGCCCAGUGGGCACAGAAAGUGCCGAGGAGGAAGAUGCCCCAAAUGGAAGGCUGGAGCCUGGAGUCAGUGCUCCGUGUCCUGCGGCCGAGGCGUGCAGCACAGGAAUGUGGGCUGUCAGCUGGGAACUCACAGAGCAGCCAGAGAGCCCGAGUGCAGCCCCUACACCAGACCCGAGUCGGAGCGCACCUGCCAAGCCCCGCCGUGCCCUCGCUACGUGUGGAGGGCAGAGGAGUGGCAAGAGUGCACCAAGACUUGUGGUGAAGGUUCCCGGUACCGCAAGGUGGCGUGUGUGGAUGAGGACAAGGGCGAGGUCCGCGCUGUGCACUGCGACGUGACCCAGCGGCCUGCCGACCGCGAGAGCUGCAGUUUACAACCUUGCGAGUACGUCUGGAUCACAGGAGAAUGGUCCGAGUGCUCAGUGACCUGUGGAAAGGGCUACAAACAAAGGCUGGUCUCGUGCAGUGAGAUUUACACCGGCAAGGAAAAUUACGAGUAUGGCUACCAAGCCACGGUCAACUGCCCGGGCACACAGCCCCCCAGCGUCCACCCCUGCUACCUGAGGGAGUGUCCUGUCUCGGCCACCUGGAGGGUCGGCAACUGGGGGAGCUGUUCGGUGACCUGUGGCGUUGGAGUGAUGCACAGGUCUGUGCAGUGCUUAACCAACGAGGACCAGCCCAGCCACCUGUGCCCCGUCGAUCUGAAGCCAGAAGACAGGAAGGCCUGCCACAAUGUCUACAGCUGUGAGUUACCCCAAAACUGCAAGGAGGUGAAAAGCCUUAAAGGUGCUGGUGAGGACGGUGAAUACCUCCUGCUCGUCAGAGGGAAGCUCCUGAAGAUCUUCUGUGCGGGGAUGCUGUCUGACCGCCCCAAAGAGUAUGUGACGCUGGUCCAUGGCGACUCCGAGAAUUUCUCUGAGGUGUAUGGGCACAGGUUGCACAACCCAACGGAGUGUCCCUACAACGGGAGCCGGCGAGAUGACUGUCAGUGUCGGAAGGAUUACACGGCAGCCGGGUUUUCCACCUUCCGGAAGAUCAGAAUAGACCUGACCACCAUGCAGAUAAUCACCACCGACCUGCAGUUUGCCAGGACCAGUGAAGGCCACCCUGUCCCUUUCGCCACAGCCGGGGACUGCUACAGUGCUGCCAAGUGCCCACAGGGUCGUUUUAGCAUUAACCUUUAUGGAACCGGCCUGUCUUUAACGGAAUCCGCCAGGUGGAUAUCCCAAGGGAAUUAUGCUGUCUCCGACAUUAAGAAGUCGCCGGACGGUACCCGAGUCAUAGGGAGAUGUGGCGGUUACUGUGGGAAGUGCACUCCUUCCUCUGGCACUGGCCUGGAGGUGCGCGUUCUGUAGCUAAGGUGCUCUGAAGAGGAAGCCGUUACGGGAUGGAUGAAGGAUAGUAAUGCAAUACCUCCACCUUAAAUUUGGGUGCCUGUGUGUGUGUGAGGACUCGUACGCUUGUGUGUGUGUGUGCGUGUUCAUAGGUGUAAAUAUGCAUAUAUAUACAUAUGUACA